AUGAGAUGUUCCGGCGAAAACCCAUGCCAACGGUGCAUGGACAACGGCAAGCGAUGCUUCUUCUCUGAAGACCAGACGGCCGCCGAAGCCCUGCAGAACCUCAGUCGACCCACGCCCGCCCUCCACACACAAGCCUCGACCACCAGCGGCAACGGCAACGGCCAUAACAUACCACGAAGGAGCUUAAUGCCGUCGGAGAACGGUACCGAGCGGAGGGCGAGCGAUGCCAGCACACGCGGCAUGACCAUGGAAGCGCGCAUGGCCCGAAUUGAGGCCAUGAUGGAAGCCCUCAUGCGCGACCGAGGCCUGACCAUGACGCCAAUGGGCAGUGUCGAGCGCGAAGAGAAUGGCAGUGAUGCCUUUAGGGGUGAAGUCGCGUUAUCUGUCCCGCCGCUGGAUCCCAUCAACCCAGCUCUCGCCUUCAUGGGGCAGCCUUCGCUCUUUUCAGAGAAUUCCCUAGAGCCAGCCAACCCCGUCGACCCAGGCGCUGGCUCCCCCAUCAACGGCGAGCCAUCGCAUCUCGUACAAGUCGGCAACAGGAAGCUACCCUUUCCUAGUCCCGCCGAUUACCAACAGUACCUAGCCUCCUUCUUCACCGACAUUCACCUGUCUCAUCCGUGCAUAGAUGAACCCGAGUUCCGCAACCGCAGCCAACACAUGCUAGCAAGCACCACCAUACCAUCAGAAGAUAGCGAGUUUCUCGCGCUGAACUACACCAUCUUCGCAUGCUGCGACGUACUCCUCAAUGUCGCACCCAUCGACACUGGCAAGCCUAAGGGCUGGCGCUGGCUUGAAAUGGCUGACGAGCUCGUCGACAAGAGGUCGCUACUAAGCGGUUGCGGCGAUUUGACGCUGCUACAGUGUGUCUUUUUCCAAGCUAUCUACUACCAAUACGCAGACAUGCCCGGCCCAGCUUACAACACCAUCGGCGCCGCUGCAACACUCGCUUUCCAGUCCUCCUUACAUCAGCAAUCCACGUGGACAAACAUCACGACGGUUCAAGCAUAUGAGCGCAUCUGCACCUUCUGGAAUAUAUUCGUCCAAGACCGAUUUAUCUCAUUGACGUGUGGAAGACCAUACAGGAUCCACGAAACCGACAUUCAAGUCGAAGCACCUGUAGACCUCUCACAAAGGGCAAACCUCUACAAAGCCGAGGAUAAUGAUGACCCCAGGCCUUUCAUCGAUCACUACAUCCACUAUGUCAUACUCUGGGCGCGUUAUGCCAGCAAUGCUGUCGACGGUCGCAGUCUGGAUAGCACAACCCAGGAUAUCAUUGAUCGGCAGAUCUCCCACUACCUCGAUCACGACUUACCAUUACUGGGGAUGCCAUCAUACGCCCUGCGGGAUGAUGAGGGAGAUGUACCACUGACGAUGUUCAUCAAACAGAAGAAGACAGACUUCGUUCUUUGGGGGCUACGUUCCGUCAUAAUCUCCCUGCAAUACGACGACAAUCACGCUGAACACCUCAGCCAACUUGCCGGCUUCAGCCUCACCAAUUCGACAUUCUUUACACGGGAAGUUCGUCAGCCAUUCAGCCUCCGGCAUCGCAUGAUAACGUCCUUGUCGAAUGCACUUCUGGUAUUUUGCUCUCUUCUCGUCCGCAACUCUGCUGGAAGGGUACAUCCCCACACCGAGGCCCACAUCGAGGCCUUCCACCGCGCUAAGGGCAUGCUACAUGACUUGGCCGUUAUUCAGCCAUAUGCGAAACGCGUCUUGUCUGAAUUUGAGGGCAUUGUGCGUGUGGUGGAGGAUUGCCUGGAUGGGAAAGAUGCUCCAAAGAAUGUCGCGGAGCUGUUUCCUUACCAGUCUUCGAGCGCUGAAAUCCGUGGCGUAUUGUGGCUGUAG